AAGCCAACUUGACACCUGAAGAUGCACAAGAAGCCGCUUCCUCCGACGGUGUCUGCGGCCAUUUCGGCACUGAGGAGCGCUGAUACGUUGUUGUGUGGUCUUGGUGUGGCCAGACAAAGGCCACUCCACUCCUCCUGCCCCAGUCGUGUCUUCGUUCCGAACGGCGAAGAUCGAUCGGUGGCAGGGCAGGGCACGGCAUUGCAUUGCGGCGGCCAUGGCCGAUCCGUACCAGCAGCCGCCGCCACCACAGCGCCCCAGCCCCAGGCUGAGGCCGGCCAUCGAGGUGGAGGACUUCAUCAACCUCCUCCACGGCUCCGAUCCAGUCCGCGUCGAGCUCACACGCCUCGAGAACGAGCUCCAGUAUAAGGAGAAGGAGCUCGGCGAGGCGCAGGCGGAGAUCAAGGCUCUGCGACUGUCCGACCGCGCGCGCGAGAAGGCCGUCCAGGAUCUUACGGAAGAAUUGACAAAGGUGGAUGGGAAGCUGAAGCUUACAGAGUCUCUCCUUGAAAGCAAAAACCUCGAAGCAAAGAAGAUCAAUGAUGAAAAGAAAGCAGCACUUGCCGCACAGUUUGCAGCAGAGGCUACACUACGAAGGGUACAUGCUGCUCAGAAGGAUGAUGACAUGCCUCCUAUCGAGGCCAUUCUUGCACCACUGGAAGCUGAGCUCAAACUGGCUCAUCAAGAGAUUGUAAAAUUACAAGAUGAUAACAGGGCAUUAGAUCGUCUUACAAAGUCUAAGGAAGCAGCUCUGCUUGAAGCAGAAAGGACAGUUCAGAUGGCAUUGGCAAAAGCUUCCUUGGUGGAUGAUUUGCAAAACAAAAACCAAGAAUUGAUGAAACAGAUCGAGAUAUGUCAGGAAGAGAAUAAAAUCUUGGAUAAAAUGCACCGCCAGAAAGUUGCUGAGGUUGAAAAGCUCACACAGACUGUCAGAGAGCUUGAAGAAGCUGUUCUUGCUGGUGGCGCAGCUGCAAACGCUGUGCGAGACUAUCAGCGGAAAGUUCAGGAGAUGAAUGAGGAAAUGAAAACCCUUGACCGUGAGCUAGCUCGUGCAAAGGUUUCAGCAAAUAGGGUUGCAGUUGUGGUGGCAAAUGAGUGGAAAGACGGCAAUGAUAAAGUAAUGCCUGUUAAACAAUGGCUUGAAGAACGAAGGAUUCUGCAAGGAAGAAUGCAGCAACUUCAGGACAAGCUUCGGGACAAGCUUGCUAUAGCUGAACGGGCUGCAAGAUCAGAAGCUCAACUGAAAGAUAAGUUCCAUCUACGGCUUAAAGUACUUGAGGAAGGAUUAAGAAUGUCUACAUCCCAAACCAACGUCAGUGCCGCACGGCGCCAGUCUGUUGGUGGUGCUGAUAGUCUAUCUAAGACCAAUGGCUUUCUGUCGAAGCGUCCUUCAUUCCAGAUGAGAUCCUCAGUAUCUACCACAACAACUCUAGUUAACCAUGCCAAAGGGGCAUCCAAGUCGUUCGAUGGAGGCUGUAGAUCACUUGAACGCUAUAAGGGCCUUGUAAAUGGGAACGGUAUGAACAUAUCUACCGAUUCCAGCGAAGAUAAGGAGUCAAACAACUCAGAUGAGAAGCCUGGUGAAUUUCCAUCCGCUGAGUCAGAGGACACGGUGUCAGGUGUGCUAUAUGAUAUGUUGCAAAAGGAGGUCAUUGCUCUAAGGAAAGCAUGCCAUGAAAAGGAUCAAAGCCUGAAAGACAAGGAUGAUGCAAUUGAGAUGUUGGCAAAGAAAGUAGAUACUUUGACAAAGGCGAUGGAGUCAGAGGCCAAGAAAACGAGGCGCGAGGUAGCUGCUGUGGAAAAGGAGUUGGCAGCUAUGCGCUUGGAGAAAGAGCAGGAUAGCAAAGCGAAAAGGUUUGGUAGUUCAAGUGGUCCUGCCAACAGUUUGCAGCUCCCACCUGGCGGGACUUUACCUCGGAGCGGUUCAGCACGCAACAUGUGAUGCAAAAGGGAAACCGUGAAAGCAAAGACCUUAGGUGGGUGCUUGAGCAUCCUUCCUUCUCUAGUUGAAUCCUUGGAUUAGGGGUGGUGACAAGGACACUCUCCUGGAGAAGAUGGCAUUGCAGGACAGGAGAGGGGAGCCUACAUCUCGUGGGGAUCAACAGCUUGUGUGGAACCAGGCAAGCUAGUGGAAGGGUGUGCUCCAGCUAGUGUUUUGUUUUUAUGAGAUGAGAGCUGGUGGUGUUUACAGUUGUUUUUCUUUUUUUUGCAAUGAUCUUUGUUGGUGUUGUAUAGGCUUGGUGAGGCUUCAUAUUCUAUUUUUUUUAAUCCUGUUGGUCUCUGUUCUAUUGUAAAAUGUAUGUAACUAACCGAAGAGUUACUACUUAUAAUUUGUCUGAGAGUGUUUUUGCUC